UGCCUCGAGAGCGCAUCACAGGACGACAAAACCCCACUGCAAGACGCAGUGCCAGAAUAGAGCAGCUUUGGCACGGGAGCUGGUUUCCUGUAGUUUAUAGGGGGAGAAAAAGGGGGAAUAUCGUCUUAUACGAAUCCUUAAACAUACUUCUUAUCAUGCCGGAUCAUCUUUGCUGGCUCGAGGAAAUGUAGUGGAGAGGAGAAAAGAGGGGAACUCCGCCGGUGGAGAGAUCUGGGGAUGCGUGGACGCGGUUAUGGGUGAUUAAUGCCAUUUUGCAGCUGCACAACAAAGACUGGAUAUGCGCACAAAAAGUGGAGAUAAGUGAGUUGGACACAGGAUGGACACUGCGGAGGUGAUUCUCUCCGUGUUGGUGGUUGUGAUUAUCAUAGUGUCGUUGCUGUCCAACAUCCUGGUGCUGAUCUGCUUUCUGUACAACCCGGAGAUCCGCAAGCAGGUGCCCGGUCUGUUCAAUCUCAACCUCACCUUCUGCAACUUGUUGCUGACCGUGGCCAACAUGCCACUCACUUUGGUGGGACUUGUCAGCAAGGCUCAGCCGGGAGGGGACGGCUUCUGCCAGAUCGUGGGCUUCCUGGAAACCUUCCUGUCCACCAACUCGAUGCUGAGCAUGGCAGCGCUGAGCAUCGACAGGUGGAUCGCGGUGGUGUUCCCACUGAGGUACCACUCCAAAAUGCGCCACAAGGACGCGGCGUUUGUGCUCGGGUACACGUGGGCGCACUCCAUGUCCUUCUCCACGGUGGCCACCUGCCUCUCCUGGGUGGGAUACCACCGGCUUUACGCGUCCUGCACCCUGUCCAACCCGAGGGCGAGCAGUCGGACCCAGUUUGUUAUCUUCACCGUCUUUUUCCACUCCUUCACCUUUCUCCUGUCUUUUAUAGUGCUGUGUGUCACAUACCUCAAAGUGCUUAAAGUGGCGAGGUUUCACUGUAAGAGGAUCGACGUUAUCACAAUGCAAACUUUAGUGCUGCUGGUGGAUAUACACCCCAGUGUUCGCCAGCGUUGCCUGGAGGAGCAGAAGAGGAGACGGCAGAGAGCCACGAGGAAGAUCAGCACCUUCAUCGGCACCUUCAUGCUCUGCUUCGCUCCCUAUGUGAUCACAAGGAUCGUGGAGUUAUUUCCAGCGGUGCCUAUCAACCCCCACUGGGGAAUCGUCUCCAAGUGCUUAGCUUACAGCAAGGCAGCCUGCGACCCCUUCGUGUACUCCCUGCUCCGACACCAGUACAAGAAGACGUGCGCUGACAUCAUCAACAGGCUGCUGAAGCGUAGCUCCUUGAACGCAUCCGGGCGCGGGCACGAGAACCAAGUCCACAGCAUACCCGCCGCAGAGUGACAGGGAGUAGGCUGAUACGGUCUGAGGGUCGACCUGGCAACUGUCAGGAAAAUAUGUGGCUGAUUUAUCGUCCACGAAGAAGAGAACAAAUAUUGGUUGUUCCUGUCCACGUCUGCUUAAAUUUGGUCUGACAUGCCAAAAAGAAAAAAAAAGUGACUAUAGACAAGGGCAAAUCCCUGCGCAGGAAUACCACUGUGCUUGCAUACUGAGUCCCCAGAACAGCAGAUGAGUGCAGUGAACUUGUGAGGACAAUGAGCAACGGCAGAUUUCACAUCCACCUGGAGACACAGAUGUGCUCACCCAAGAAGAACGGCCAGUUCAUAGCCUCAUUAUUCUAACCGGGGUAGCUUUCAGUCUGAUAUUGCUUUUGUUAGACAUUACUGUAGUAUAUACUCAUAUUAUCUUUACAUAAAAGGAUAGGGAAUGGCUGUAUGUCUGUUUUAGUCUGUGCAAUGUGUUUGCAAGUGAUACACCGGCACUGUAUGUAGCACUGACAACUAGCCUAACCAAAACUUGACAGUCCCCAAAUUGUAUCGCAGACGAAGAGAAGGUGCCACUGCACAGUUCGGCUCAGGUUAUUUCAGACUUGAUGGGGUAAAACACGCUCCCGAUUUAACAAAUUUUAAGGUACUUUUAUUUUUGUAGUACGUUGCCUUGUAGUGUAACGGUCAACGAAGGAAAAAGUAAGAUUAUGUGUUUUUCUGGGUUUCACAUUGCCAUCGUUUCUGAAGGACUUACCGACCCGGCCAAGUGGAGUUUUAAUGGGAGAAAUAGGCCUUCAAACCGGCUGCCUUUGCUGUCAUGACUGACAUGUGCCCCUCAGGUUGUUUAGUCAAGUGGAGCGUGAUCAGCUGUACUUGGCCGGGUUUUGUGCUCACAGAGAGGAGUAGAGACCGCCUCAUGCUUUCUCACACAUUUGAGGGAGAUGGACAGGAAAAGCAAAUGUGUAUGAUGUCUUUAUUUUGACAUCAUGUGAUAUUGAAUAGCAAUGACAGCCGUCCAUGAAAAGCUAAAGAUUCAUCUACGGUGUUUUUAGGAAAGAUACUUGGCAAUCAACGUGUCUGUUUUUAAAGAGAUGGGUGUUUAUAGAAGAUGGCAAUAUCCAACCAAAUCACCAGAAUAGAUGUUGGCAUUGUACGUCUCUGCAAACCACAGAUACAUUACAUUUGUACAUUAUUCUAUAGUGGAUUUCAAUCAGGAGAGACAAAAGAAGGAAAUAAAGAUGAAGUUUAAUGCAUAAUAUAAGUGUACAGAUUAACAGAUUUGAGGGAGAUUAUUUGUGAUCAUGGGACAUCUGAGUGGCAGCAAGAUAAAUCCCCCCAUGGAGUCUAGACACUGGUGGAGGUGGUGGUGGCCAAUGACUUUGGUCGAUGGCUGAUGAGGCACAUAGCGGCUGCAUCUGAGAAGACUAGGCGACGAUGGGGAGAUGGAGGGUGCGCAUGGCUGCAGCAGAAAAAGAACCAUAUUUGAAAUAAGCAAUGAGAUGAUAGGCUGAUGGAGAAGAUGUAUCGCUGUGCUAUUGGUUGAUUGUGGAUCGGCUGAUGACUCGAUUGACAGCCCCGAACACUGACAGCCAGAGAUAGAGAAUGAGUAUGCGUGCAAGGAGAGAAUGGCAGGGUGAAGACGAAAGUUACAGCUGUAGCAUAGAAACAGUAUUGUCUUCCUGACUGAAUUUUCACUAAAGAUUCAUAUGUUGUAACUUUAUGUUUCAACGCUGUGGUUGACACGUGGUCAGGCACAAAAACCAUCUGGAAAUGGUUAGCAAAAGAUCAUGUUUUGGGUUAAAAUGCCCAGUUAUGGGGGCAUAAUCUCCCUUGAAAAAGCAGCAAUACCUUGGUAAAAAAAAACACGUUUUUUUGAGCCACUAUCCCCGCUGGAAAAACAGUGACAGGUCACUAAAAAACA